AGAACAGGUGCAAUUCUUCUUUUUGGAUUAUUUUCAUCCUCAGUAGAAGUGGAAGGCUGGCUGUGUCUGUCAAAUUAAUGAUAUCCUCACCCCCCAUGCAUCUCUCUGCUUCUCAGUCACCCCGUCUCCUGCCCUCCAAUCUCAGAACAGAGUACAACUCCCCACCCUGGGCUGUGGACUGGAGGUGAUCAUGUACUCAGCUCUGGAAACACAUGCUGCCCGACCCCACACGGACUUCAUUUCCUUGGGGACAACAGGAACUUGUUCACAUUCCACCAGUGGAGCCUGCCGUGCUGUCCCAGUCAAUACCCCUUCCACCGUGCAGACAUGGCUUCUCCGCGCUGAGAAAUUAAGGCAGCAGUGACCAGCCUCCUAGUGUGACAGCCGCAAAUGUCCCAACCAGCUGGCCAACCCUGUGUCAGGCUCUCCACACAAACCAGCUCCCCCUGUGUCCAGGCUUCUCGGCACCACCUCUGUGUGUGGCAGUGGAGACCCCGAUCAGGUCUGAUCUGGAUGCAGCCACCACCUUCCUGUUAGCCAACAGCUCCGUAGAGGUCAAGAGGGCCACAGGACUGCAGUGUCAGGGAUCUCCUGGGGCUUUGGACUUGGGUUAAAAUGGUCCAAACUAGCAGGAUCCAGUCCGUAAAGGAAAAAGGAGGCACCAGAGGGCUACAGAAAGGAGAGCAAAUCCCUUGGCUCCAGAAUGACAUCUGGAGACACGAAGACAAGCCUUGAGAAUGCCUACUUGCCUGCCAAGGGGCUGUCCUCGCGGGCACAGGAGGCGGAGGCGGAGGCCGAGGACUACUGCACGCCUGGCGCCUUCGAGCUGGAGCGGCUCUUCUGGAAGGGCAGCCCCCAGUAUACCCACGUCAACGAGGUCUGGCCCCGGCUGCACAUCGGAGACGAAGCGACGGCGCUGGACCGCUACGGGUUGCAGAAGGCGGGCUUCACGCACGUGCUCAACGCCGCCCACGGCCGCUGGAACGUGGACACCGGGCCCAACUACUACCGCGACAUGGACAUCGAGUACCACGGCGUCGAGGCCGACGACAUCCCCACCUUUGACCUCAGCGUCUUCUUCUACUCCGCAGCGGCCUUCAUCCACGCAGCUCUCUGCGACGACCACAAUAAGAUCCUGGUUCACUGUGCCAUGGGCCGCAGCCGCUCGGCAACCCUGGUCCUGGCCUACCUGAUGAUCCACAGGGACAUGACCCUGGUGGACGCCAUCCAGCAAGUGGCCAGGAACCGCUGUGUCCUGCCCAACCGGGGCUUCCUGAAGCAGCUCCGAGAACUGGACAAGCAGCUGGUGCAGCAGAGACGACAGGCCCCGCGCGGGGACAGCGAGGAGCUGUAGGCCACUCCUCAGGGGCCGAUACUCGGGACCGAGAGGGACAGCUGAAAAGGGCGCUGGCCUGUGACUUCGUGGGUCACAGAGAAGGGACAGAGUAACCAAACGUUGAUUUCUUCCAAAAGUGGGUUCCUCCAAGUUGCUAAACUUCCCAGUGCGUGUCAGGGACAGGGAGGACUCAGAGCUACCUCCUGGCAGAGUCCAGGCCUCUGUCACAGCACGGGGGGUGGGGGGAGCGACCCCAGCAGAACUGGUUGCUUUAUAAAAAUCUCAUUUUUUUAAAAGUUGGAGGCAGAGAAGGAUUUGAACAUGUGUGGGCAUUGUGUUGUGAUUAAAUG